AUGACCGCAGUCUUCCAUAGAAUGAUCACCCGAUGCGACCCCCUAGGUAUUUUAUUAAGUGUUGCAGGAAUCCUGGUCCUUCCAUACGCGGUCACGUCCGCGAAUACGUCUGGCUGGAGCAGUACCGGCAUUGUCGCCCCUCUCGCGAUCUCCGAGGUUCUGCCUGGUUUAUUCGUCCACGGGUAUCGGACUUUCAAUGGCAUUGUUGCGCACCAUCUUUUCUCCUCCACCUCCUUUAAUUUCAUCCUUGUGCUUGCUUCCUACGGAAAUAGCCCGAUUCACACCUCUGUCCUCUUUAUCGCUCUGGGGAUUAGCGCCCUCAUAUUCAAUACGUUGUCUGGCCGACUAGUGCCAUUCUUGGAGCGCGUCUUAUGGAACUUCUCACUAACCAAAAAAAUUGGACAGUUUAUCCUCUGCUGGUGCUUCUCCAUUCCCGGUGUGCUCCUGCUCUCCUUCAUCGAACAUGAUACAUCCUACUGGCGGUACGCCUUCGCCGGCAUGAUCCUCUAUAUUGCCGGUAUAGGCGCCGUGUACAUCACUGCCAAUUUUGUGGUUAUUUCCUCUGCUUCGAAAGCCGAUCAAGGUGCAGUUGCAGAUGUGUUCAACGUCGCAUUACAGGUGGGCGGCUCAAUCCUCGGUCUGGCUGUUAUUACUGCCAUUAAUCCAGCAGCGAUACGGUGA